AUGUCUGCGACUGCACUCUUCUCUCUCAUAUCGAGCAUGGGCGCCAUCCAGAUUGGCAUCGUCAUAUCAAGCUUUCUCUUUGGAAUCACGACUCUACAAGCGUUCUUCUACUACAUCAAUUACCCAAAGGAUCCCCUGUAUCUGAAAUGCUUCUCGGUUGUUGUAUGGAUCCUUGAGCUCGGCGGAAUGAUUUUUGCUGGUCAUCUCCUCUACUCGGCAGCGAUAACGCCGUACCGAGAGAAUCCACUUCUCAUGUUCUUAGAUCCCCCAUAUCAGAUUCUUGCGACCAUACUAGCGAGCAACAUGUCGGGAUGUGUCGUCCAGCUGUACUUCGUCGAGCGGGUACGGAGGUUUACAAAGUUACUCUGGAUAGCUAUCAUUUGCUGGACUCUCAUAUUAUACACGUUCACCGGAACGCUCGUCAUAGUCGUCGUCGCUUUCAAAUCGGGCCUGGUCGAAUAUACACUGCACUGGAGAUGGUUGACCAUCAGUGGUUUAAUUGUCUCUGCUGCGGUUGACAUUUUUGUCGCUGUCAUGAUGUGCUGGAAUUUGGGCCGCCAGAGAGGGUCGUUGUUUCGACAGUCGGCCACCCUGGUAGACAAGAUAAUUAUGAUGACUAUCACAACUGGGCUCAUGACAAGCCUCGUAGCGGUGACAGCGGCGGUCCUGACCGUGACACUCCCCUAUCAUCGUAGGUCUUCACUCUCUAACGUGGGGCUACCCGACUUACAGUGCCCAGUGAUUUAUUUGGGAGUAUACAUAUGUCUAGCGAGAGUCUACGCGAAUUCCUAUUUUGCUUCAUUAAACGCACGGCAUAACUUGCGUGGAACCGACGCCAUUGAGACCAUCCAAUUUACCCCUCGCUCUAAUGCCUCCUCAAACGGCACCGCCGCCAGCGUAACGCUGCCGAAGCCACCCCAUGCCACCUAUCUCGGCCAGUACAAAAUCGACUUAAAUGGUAGUGAGCCCAUUCUGAACAUACAUUAA